AUGAAAGCCACCAACACCCCAAAGACAGCAGUCAGCCACCAACACCCCAAUCGUCACACACUGCAGUAUUAUCGUGGUGAAAUGAUGGACAAAGUGUUAUAUGAGUGGUUCAGCUUGAAAAGAUCAGAAGGAGUCACAAUUACAGGCCCAAUGCUACAAGAGAAAGGGCGUGAUUUAGCUGAGAAGAUGGGCGAGGAAGGGGCAUGCCAGUUCUCUGAUGGCUGGCUCCACAGGUUCAAGGUUCGUCACGGCAUAAGGAAGCUGAACAUCUCGGGAGAAUCAAAAUCUGGCAACUUACCCUCGGCUGAAGAGUUUGUCGACAGGUUUGCGAAGAUAGUUGAGGAGCAUAACCUGACGUCUGAGCAGAUUUACAACACUGACGAGACUGGCCUGUUCUACCGCUGUCUGCCAAGAACCACACUUGCAAGCGAGUCGGAGGGAGACGUGAAGGGAUUCAAACAGAGCAAGGACAUGCUGACAGUUCUGUGCUGCGCUAACAUGGCUGGUACGCACAAAGUCAAGUUGUGCGUGGUUGGCAAGCACAAGAAGCUGCGCUGUUUUAAGAACGUGAAUUACCGGCCUGUCGAUUAUCGUAACCAACGAAGUGCUUGGAUGACAGCUGAAAUUUUUCUUGACUGGUUCAAGCAUUGCUUUGUGCCAUCUGUCAAGGAAAAUCUGAAGAAAAAUGGUCUCCUAGAGGACAUAUUGUUCCCCUUGCUAACCAAGUUCAAAUUUGAUGCUAUGUGCCAUAUUUACCUAAUACACCACUUUGCCACUACCCAUGCAGUGCAGCGGCAUAGCAAAGGACCACCCACCAUCCCAGGACACUAG